AUGAGAAGAAAAAGAUCACGCACAUAUGCUCUUUCGCAUCCGGUGCUCGUGGCCGCCACCGGCCUGCUAGUCUUGACUCUUCCCACGGGCGCUUUGAGCAGGAGACUCUUUGAAGGGGACAAUGUUGUCAAGGCCCCAGCCAACGCUGGGGAGGUGACGGGACCUGCUCCCUUGGAUGCGGCGGCGGCAGCUCUCAUCACCCCAGCGCCGGUGGCGGUGAUGGCAAAGGUGCGACGGGAUGACGUCGACGCUCUAGAUGUUGACUAUGGUCAGGCAGGAUUUGGACCCGGGCCGGGGCCGGGGCCUGGACCUGGACCUCCGAGACCGCGACCUCCAUCACAACAACUACCGCCACAGCAGCAGCCUCAACCAGCGCCACAACCUGCGGGACCACGGGGUCCAGAUGAUCAGAUAGUCAUGUCUCUGUCCAGCGCGCUGCUGGCCGCCCAGAGGAAUCUCAGCGAGGCGUCUCAGACGUUUGAACAAUCCAUCAGCGAGCUCCAGGGGUCUUUGUCUUCGGCGACGUCGGCGGCUCAGGCUGCUAGUUCAAACGCGGCUCAAGCGUCCACCUCGGCGGCAUCUGUUGCUGCGUCGGCCUCCACCGCCCUGGCCGUCGCGAGAGCCUCGAUUAGCAACAUUCAGGCGGCCGCGUCCCAGUCCCUGGCGGAUGCCGAGUCGAAGGCCAAGUUGGCUCAAGCGAGCGCUAGCAGUGCCGAGGCGGAUGCCAGGCAGGCAAGG